CAUCUCUGUCGGAGAAAUUAUAUAAUUUCCCUCUCUCUCUUAACUCUAUAGCUUUUUCCAACCUUUCCUUCCCUGCUCUGUUUGUUGUUGUUGUGUCUUCUUCUUCAUCUUCAUCUUCAUCGUAGAUAGAGUUAUUAUGAUGGUUGAAAAGGGCAUCUCAACGGCCAUGAACGCAAGAAUCGUAGGUUCUGGUAGCCAGGACAUGGUUCUUGCACAUGGGUAUGGAGCAGACCAGUCUCUAUGGGACAAGAUCCUACCAGACUUGGCUGAGCAUUUCAGGGUUGUUGUUUUUGAUUGGAUCUUCUCAGGUGCUGUUAAAGAAGAACAUCAACACCUUUUUGAUCCUCAGAAGUAUUCUUCUUAUGAUGCUUUUGCAGAUGACUUGAUUUGUCUUGUAGAAGACAUGAACCUUAAUUCUCCUGUUUUUGUUGGCCACUCUAUGUCUGGUAUGAUUGGUUGCAUUGCUUCCGUUAAAAGACCUCAGCUUUUUCAAAGGAUUGUACUUGUUGGAGCUUCCCCCAGGUACAUAAAUACAGGCGAUUAUGAAGGAGGUUUCGAUGAGUCCGAGAUUGAUGAUAUAAUAUCAAACAUAGAAUCAAAUUUCCACAACUGGUGUUCAGAAUUUCCUUCUCUUGUAGUAGAUGCAAGACAUCCCGACUCAGUAGAAAAGUUAAGCAAAUGCUUGGCAAGCAUGAGGCCUGAAGUUGCAGUCUCCGUCGCGAAAACAGUGUUCUACAGCGAUGAAAGGGAAAUUCUCGACAAGGUUUCAGCACCUUGUACUAUAAUCCGGACAACGAGAGACAUUGUAGUGCCAAACUCUGUUGCAUACUACAUGCAAGAGAAGAUCAAAGGGAAGUCUACUGUGGAGAUUAUAGAGACUGAUGGACAUUUUCCUCACCUAACUGCUCACCAGCAGCUGCUUGAUGUCCUUACACGAGUCGGAAACCUUUCAGCUUGAGUGUGUCUGUGUUUUUAAUGUCAAAAAAUAAAUGUCUAUUAUGACUUUUGUGUCAUGUGUUCAUAAUUUCAUGGGUGAGAUAGAAGUUAGAAAUUAGGAGUAUAUUUUGUCCUAGUUGGAUUUUUCUGUAGCUUCUGCAUGCAGAUCAGGAUACUUAUAUUUCUUGUCAUUGGUAUUGUAUUUGUUAAUGUUAAUUAUGGGUCUUGAAUUUUGAAAAUUUUUUUUUAUGGAGUAAAUUGUAAUUAAAUUAAAAAAAUUACGUGAUAUAAUUCGUAU